GUAGACUAUUUAAUGACACAAUGCAGAAACUCAUAGAUAUAUAUAUGACUCUAGUAAAUCCUGAAUAUGGUAGUAGUGAUGAAUUAUUUAUUAGAGAUAAUCAUAAGCUAAUAAGCAAGACUGCACCAGUUAAUUUCUUAGAUGAACUUGAUUUACAAGAACAAGAAAUGAGUAAUUUGCAGAAAUUCUGCAGUUUGGUUACUGGGUUUUUAAAUCCAAGAAAUAAUUUAAAG